UUUGCUUCCGGUUCCUGCCGUCACUUCCGGCUGAUUGUCAUGUGACCGUGACUCCACACAAACCUUGAUUUCCGUAACAACAGUAGCGUCGAUCUUCACUGCUUUCUCGCGAUCCUCAGAACCAACCGUGUUCCCUAGAGUUGACUGUAAGGUCGAGCAGAAUCAUGAGCUACGACUCAGACGUUGUGUCGGCCACGGGUGGCGUGGGAGAGGCGGACUGGGACAAGAUAAUAAAGCUCUGCAACAGAAUAAGGGACUCAGUCGGCCCUACUUCGAUGCACCAGGCGAUGCAGUCUGUCAUGAAACGAGUCAAACACGGCAACCCAGCUGUCCAGAUACACGCCCUCACUCUGUUGGAGGCGUGCGUCAGUAACUGUGGACAAGAUUUCCAAAAGGAGCUCACCACCCAGUUCUUUCAGACCGACAUCAAGAGCAUCUUACUUGGGAGGUACACGGAUGCGAAAGUGGCCCAGAGACUUAAGGAACUACUCCUCAGCUGGAGUUCAGAGUUCAAAUCUGCUCCUCACAUGAAGGAUCUUCACAAGUUCAUGGAGCAGUUGCGUCGCGAUGGAGUCAAUUUCUCGACCCCAGCAGCUGCCCCGCCCUCCUCCACCCUCUCCUCCUCCUCCUCUCCCUUUCCCGCCACCGCCCAGACCACUCAGACCAGCAGGGAGGAGGACGACCUGAGGAAAGCUAUCCAGCUGUCCCUGCAGGACUCCACUAACCCACCACCCUCCUCCUCUUCCUCCUCCUCCUCUCCCUCUGUCUCUGUCUCGAGGCCUGUCAAGAAAGAAGCUAGGAAGGUGAGGGCCAUAUAUGACUUUCAAGCAGCUGAGGACAAUGAGCUGUCGUUCAGAGCUGGGGAGAUUGUCACACUCCUGGAUGACUCUGACGAGAACUGGUGGAGGGGAGAGACACAGCUAGGACAAGGUCUCUUCCCAGCCUCCUUUGUCUCCAAGAAUCUCAACAAAGAUCCAGAACCCUCUACACAGGAGAAGAAAAAGUCUAAGAAAAAGACUAAGACUGGAGUGAGUGCAACCAACAGCGCCAGACCAAUUAAUGUGGGUGGGGCAGAGGGUGUGGUCAAUGAACAGAAGGUGGAUCUACUGCUAGACAUGCUAAAGAGUGCAGACGUGAAGGACACCAGUAGAGAGGAGAGCAAGACGGUGAAGGAACUGGAGAGUGAGGUCCAGAGUAUGCGGUCGGUGGUUGAGCAGACCGUUCAGCAGCUGACAGCUCAGGAGGAGGCCAUGCAGAGUGUCUCGUCUCAGUUCAACGAAGCUCUGGAUCUCUACAGGAAAAUGCUGGCCGAAGGACCAAGGUUGUCUGAUAUUGCCACGCCUGCUAUGAUGUCAUCCUAUUCCCAACCCGGGCAGCAGCACGGAAUGACGACGCACGAGACACAUUCCAUGAGUAAUCACCAGGUCCCACCACACCCCCAGUCUGGAAUGGGGACACAGCAAUUUCUCCAGAAUGGAAUCGGGAUGCAGCCACAGUACACUGGAAUACAGCCUCCGGCCACAUUCCAGUCUCUACCUCCUCAGUCUGGAAUGGGGAUGCAGCAAUCUGGAAUGGGGACACAGGUUCAGCAUGGAACGGGGACACAGUGUUUCCGGGACAGCAGUCUGUACUGACUAUUGGGGUCCAGCAGAAUGGAAUGACGACAGCUCCACCGCAGACCGGAAUGGGGACAGAGCACCAGUACACAGUCUAUUCCACCAAUCCCCGGCAAUACACAGCAACUCAUGAGAUGGCAGGUGGAGUGAGUGUGCAGCAACCUCUCACUAGUCUGAAGUACCAACAACAGCCGCUGACUGUGGUUCAACCUCACCUACAGCAACCAAGUUCCUUUGCUCCGCCAUCCUACCAGCCAGCAGUGUCCAUGACUACACAGCCCCCUCCCUCCCUCCCCUCGUCCACCUUCCCCCCUCCCCACUCCUACCACCUUCCCUCAACUCACACCUCACAGAUACUGCCGCAACCACUGCUAUAGCAACACUCCUAGCUACUGCUGCUCUGAUGCACUGUUUUAUUGUCCGUGCAGUUUAAAAUUAAUAUCUCAAUAUCUGUUGGUAGAAGUGUCUGUGUGCUUACCACUAAAACUGGGCAAGACGCGCGCGCUCACCGUUUUAGCGUAACGGUUUUGUCACAACGUUACGCCUGCGUAUAAACGUAAAACGACUA